AUGGUGACUCUCGAUCGCCAGGAAAUCAUCGCGACCAACAAGUCGCUCCGGCUUAUCAAGAAUGAGCUCGAGAAUCUCCUCCAGAAGGGCGUCUUAACCGACGAUGUCUUCGAUUCAGUUCACCGAAUGCUUCCCCAAGAGACCUCCCUCUCCAAUGCAGCUACACCCACAACUCGCACAUCGGCCGUUGCCUCGCCGCCACCAUCAGCCCAACUAUCCCACUCGAUGGGUAACCUAGCAAUUAGCCAGAACCCAACUCCCCAUCCCGCACCACCCGCUUAUGCCUCGACCGGCCCACCGUCGCUCCCUGCCCGAACAGGCCCACCUCCUCCGCCUCCGACGAAGCCCGUCAUUGCUCACGCCAAGGCUCUCUAUAAGUAUCAGGCGGCUGAUGAUCGUGACCUGUCCUUCGAGCGUGACGACGGAAUCGCCGUGUACGAGUAUAUGAAUGAUGACUGGUGGAUGGGACGUAAUAAGCGAACCAACGCCGAGGGCAUAUUCCCCAAGAACUACGUUCAGAUAGACAACAAUGAGAAGUCUGGUUUCUAUGCUCCCACGCAGCCAUCAUAUGCUACCCCUGUUCCCGCCCCGGCAGGUAACGGGGCCUAUCCGCCCCCGCCACAGGCUCAGAACCCAUACAAUGCACACGUUCCCCCCAUGGCCGUUGCACAAGGGGGUGGUGGCCAAGGAAGUGCUGAACCCGCCAAGCCUAGCAAGUUCGAAGAGGGGGGCAAGAAGUUCGGCAAGAAACUAGGAAACGCUACCAUCUUCGGCGCUGGUGCAACGCUUGGUGGAAAGAUCGUGAAUGGUCUUUUUUAA